UAGGCUGCCAGAGGGAAAGAGCCACCUGCUCGUGUGCAGUCGGGGCCGGCGAGCCGCUCGCUUCCUCUCGCUCUCUCCUCGUCUCUCGCAGGGACCGCCGGAGCUUGCCGCUUGCUCGCUCGCCCGCCGCGCCUCCAACUUCUGCCUAGAAAGUUCCCGGCGGGCGGGAGUUUCGCUUUGUAGGAGGACCGGGUGGAGGGGAGUAAAAAAACGAAGUCGUCGUCGUCUGCGCUGUCUGAGGGAAAGCGAAAGAACAGCUCAGAGAGCGCGCGCGAGGAGGAGCCGUCUGCGCGCUUUCGUCCCCUCGCCUCAGGAGUGGCAGCGCCCGAAGUCGCCGUUCGCCUGGCGCUUCGCGGGGAGGCGGGAUGGAGACCCCCUCUGCCGCCGCCGCCGCCUGCUGCUGCCCCCGACGCCCGCUGCAGCCGCCUUCGCGGCUUCUCCUGCUGCUCAGCCUGCUGCUCUCUGCCCUUUGCCUGCGGCCAGGACUUGGAUUGUACACAGUAAACACAGUAUAUGGAGAUGCCAUUAUUUUGCCUUGCCAUUUAGAAGUUCCUAAUGAUCUUAGGUUUGGAAAAUGGAAAUAUGAAAUGGCAAACAAGGCUUCAGAGUUUAUUGCCUUCCGAUCUGCAACCAAAAAAACCGUACAGUAUGACGAUGUCCUGGAAUACAAAGACAGAUUAAAUCUCUCUGAAAAUUAUACACUAGCAAUUAGUAAUGCAAGAAUCAGUGAUGAAAAGAGAUUUGUGUGCAUGCUUGUAACAGAGGACGAUGUCUUUGAACAACCUACAGUAGUAAAGGUGUUCAAACAACCAUCACAACCUGAAAUUGUAAGUCGAGCAACAUUUUUAGAAACAGAACAGCUAAAAAUGCUUGGGGAAUGUAUCUCUCAAGAUGGUUAUCCAAAGGGAAACCUUACGUGGUUCAAGAAUGGAGUUGUUUUGCAGCCCACUGAAGAAGCUGUUAUAAAUGAACAAAUAAAAGUGAAUCAAACAACUGGACUCUACACCGUGAUAUCUUCUUUGGAAUAUAAGCCAACAAAGGAUGAUACAAAUGCACAGUUUACCUGUUCGGUGACGUAUUUUGGACCAACAGGACAAGAAACAAUACGGUCGGAAUCUGUAGCCUUUGACAUUCACUAUCCUACAGAGAAGGUUAGAAUUCAAGUACUUACAGAAAGAAAUACCAUUAAAGAAGGUGAUAAUAUCACCCUAAAAUGUUCGGGAAAUGGUAAUCCUCCACCUCAGGAAUUUUUCUUCUACAUUCCUGGGGAACCAGACCCUAUAAGAAGUUCAAGUCUUUACGUACUGACUGAUGUUAGAAGAAAUGCAACAGGGGAAUAUAGAUGUUCACUGACUGAUGAGAGUUUGAUGGAUUCCACUAUAAUUACAGUACAUUAUCUGGAUUUGUCACUUACUCCCAGUGGAGAAGUUAUUAAGCAGAUUGGAGAAGCACUGCCUGUAUCCUGCACAAUCUCUUCCAGUAGAAAUGCCACCAUAUUCUGGCUGAAGGACAAUACAAGAAUGAGAGCAAGUCCUUCGUUUUCAAGUUUACAGUACCAAGAUGCAGGAAAUUACAUCUGCGAAACUACUUUACAGGAAGUUGAAGGGUUAAAGAAAAGGCAAAUUCUUACAUUGAUAGUGGAAGGAAAGCCACAGAUCAAAAUGACAAAGAGAACCAGCACAGAUGGAUCAUAUAAAAUGAUAGCCUGCCAUGUGGAAGGGUUCCCCAAACCAGCAGUACAAUGGACUAGCAGUGGAGGUGUCAUAAAUAAAACAGAGGAGACUAAAUAUGUAAAUGGAAAGUUUAUUAGUAAAAUCAAAAUUGCUCCUGAAGAGAAUGUUACGCUGACGUGUAUUGCGGAAAAUCAGCUGGAAAGAACUGUGACCUCUUUGAACGUAUCUGCUAUAAGUAUUCCUGAAUCUGAUGAACCAGAAGAAAAAAGUGAUGAUAAUAGGGAAAAUGUUAAUGACCAGGCAAAGCUAAUAGUGGGAAUCGUGGUUGGUCUUCUUCUAGCAGCUCUGAUUGCUGGUGUUGCUUACUGGCUAUACAUGAAGAAAUCAAAGGAUGUCAACGGAGAGUCUCAGAAGGAAGCAGCACAGAACAUUCAAACCCUCCCGAGGCAAGAAAGUUACUUCUUUAUGUCAGCCUCAAAACAUGUAGAUAAAGACCUUGGAAAUAUAGAGGAAAACAAAAAGUUAGAAGAAAACAAUCACAAAUCAGAAGCUUGAGAUAGAGAACUUGUCAGUCACCACCAUUCCAGAGAAUAAACAUAGACCAAUUGAAGCAUGAACAUGGAUUGUAUUUAAGAUAUAUACAAAGACAUGACAGCUAUUCAUGGUUCAAGUACUACACAGAUCAUUCUAUCAAGUUUUCGGAGGAAUUUACACAGUUAUCUCAAGCUUACAAAAAUAUCAGCAAAACUAAUUUUGGCGGCAGCCGUGAUAAUAGGUCACAAGUUUGUGUUCUGUUUGACUAUAUUUUUUCUUCUUCUUUUUUUCUUUUUUGUAAAUGUCUGCACUGAAGAUUUCUUUUGGUUUGCCUUUAUGUAAAUUUUUUACGUAGCUAUUUUUAUACACUGUAAGGCUUUGUUCUGGGAGUCGCUGGUAAUCUGAUGUAUAGUGUAAUGUUUUUAUUUCCAUUGUUUUUUUGCACCCUUUAAAGAGGUACAUUUCUAAUUCUGAUUGCUAUCAGUAAAGCUCUUACUUUGCACAGCAAGUAUCUAAUUUAUAAGAUUGCCUUAUGGGAAAUGAGACACUUCUCUCUCUGUUUUUCAAUCACCACUAAAGGAAAAAGGGGAAAAUAAAUCUGUAAAAAAAUAAAUAAGUAAAAGCAAACUAACCGGUUUUUGAAAUAAUGAACACCUGCUCAACUACAAAGGACAUGUAUAUAAUUUACAAAAGGAGAGUAAGGUAUUAAGCAAGAUUCAUGUCGUCAUGUAUACAUAUGUCCUACUAACAAGUCUUUUUUAGACAGGAAAAUCUUUUUAUUGAUAGCAUUCUGGAAAACUAAUUGUUAUUGCAAUUCCAUGAUAUAUAGUGUGAAUGACUGAAAUUAAGAAUUAGUUCUGAAAUAUUUUUGUUAUCCACUGCCUUAAAUAUUAUCUAUCUUUUUAUUUUAAAAGGAAAAAAGAUCAGUUGAAAUUGGAAGUUUUUGGGUUUUUUUAAGUGGUCAUAUCAAAGCUGCAUUUUUCCACAAAAUAGAAUAUAUAUUUUUGUGUGUGUGCGUUUUUGUUAACUACACUACAGAUAUUGCACCUUGAGAUAAUUUUAGUGUUUUUAACUGGUACAUAAUUUAUCAAAAAAAGUACAUGAAAUUGUAACAAUGAAAUGAAAUCUAUGUAUCUUUAGUUACAUUCAAGAUUGUAACUUUAUAAACCUGUUUUAUGCUUGAGAAUUUUUUUAGAAAGUUAGCAUAAAAAGAAACAUUUGAAUAGAUCGGGGCAAAUAGCAGCAUUUAGCAGUGCUCUUUUAGCGGAAGAAUAGCAUCUGAGAGAUAAUGUGCUAGAUAAUUUUUGAUAACGGCAGGAAAAUAUUACUGAAAUGGAAGUUUCUGUUUACAGAUUUACGAGCCAGGAAAACAGGAAGAUUCUGUAGAUUGUGGGGAGUUUAAGAAGAAGAAAAAUGGAGAUGGAAAUUAGGAAAUGUAUUUUGCCACUUAGGGGGAAAAACACUGUUGUAAAUUUGUAAAAUGUUAAAUGUCUGGGCAGUAGUGACUGAUGUCUUAAAUAAAAGCUUCCUGUAGUGUA